AUGGAAUUAGCAAGUGUCAUCAUUUGGCUAGUCGUCUUCAUCACGAUUGUGUCGACAAAGAUAGCACGACAACGAACUACGGCCUACCAAACAACCAGACAAGGAUCUCUUCCUCCACCGCCCGUGGCCACAGGGGCUCCCCUCCUAGGGGUUCUCCCGGCGCUCCUCGCCAAGGGCCCUCUGCAAGUGAUCCGCGAUGCCCACGCAGAGAUGGGGAGCGUGUUCACGGUGAGAUUGUUGCAUCGCAAGGUGACUUUCCUUGUUGGGCCAGACGUGUCGAGCCAUUUCUACCAAGGGCUCGACUCGGAGAUCAGCCAGGACGAGGUCUCCCAGUUCACCACCCCGACCUUCGGCCCCGGCGUCGCCUUCGACGUCGAUUUCGCCACUCGGCGCGAGCAGUUCCGGUUCUUCGGCGAUGCCAUGAAGCCUGCCAAGCUCAGGACAUACGCUGGCCUCAUGGUUCGCGAAGUCGAGGAGUACUUUGCGAGAUGGGGACAGUCAGGCACGGUUGACUUCAAGCAGGAGCUAGAGCACGUGGUGACGCUCGUCGCCAGUCGGUGCCUGUUCGGGGAGGAGGUCCGCUCCAAGAUGCUGGGCGAGGUGGCAACGCACCUCUGCGAGCUCAACGACGGCAUGCGGCUCGUCACCAUCUUAUUCCCACACCUGCCGAUCCCGGCGCAUCGGAGACGCGACAGGGCCCGGGCCAGGCUCGGCGAGAUAUUCUCCGACAUCGUCAGGUCCCGCAAAGAAAGCAUGCCCGAGUCCGGCGGUCGAAACGCUGACGUCGACGACAUGCUGCAGUGCCUGAUCGACUCCCGGUACAAGGACGGCCGUGGCACGACGGAGAUGGAGGUGGUCGGGAUGCUGGUCUCGGCGCUGUUCGCGGGGCAGCACACCAGCUCCAGCACGGGCACGUGGACCGGGGCGCGCCUCCUCGCGGACGACAACGCCGCGCACCUGCGCGCCGCCAUCCGGGAGCAGCAGCGGAUCAUGGCGAGGCACGGGGGCCGCGUCGACUACGAGGUCCUCCAAGAGAUGGAGGCCCUCCACCGCUGCGUCAAGGAGACGCUGCGGCUGCACCCGCCGGCGAUGGUGCUGCUGCGCCACGCGCGCCGCAGCUUCGUCGUGCGGAACAGGGAGGGGGAGGAGUACGAGGUCCCCGAGGGGAGCACGGUGGCAAGCCCGCUGGUAGUCCACCACCGUCUGCCGUACGUUUAUGGGGACCCGGAUAGGUACAACCCGGGUAGGUUCGGAGUUCCCGGUAGAGGUGCGGACGACAGGGCCGACGCCGGCGCGUUUGCGUACGCGGCGUUCGGCGGCGGGCGACACGCAUGCGUCGGCGAGGCUUUCGCGUACAUGCAGAUCAAGGUGAUAUGGAGCCACUUGCUGAGGAACUUUGAGAUGAAAAUGGUGUCGCCGCUACCGGAAACGGAUUGGAACGUCGUCAUGCCGGGGCCCAAGGGGAAGGUUAUGCUCAGCUACAAGAGACGGCCGGUGUCAGCCACAGCCUAA